CCAUCUGUUGUUCCCGGUAGUAGUCGAUCUGCGGGGAAACAAAAGACCGGCGUCACUUGCCGAUGCGGGGUUUGGGGACGGUAAAAGAACCCCCCAGACAAGUCUUGCCGCUCGAUUUUCAGCUGCGGAAUAAUUUUUUGAUGGCUCGCAGAUGUGCAGUACCGAAACAUUGUUGUCAGUUGUAGAAAGCUCAAAAAAAUCCGGGGUUUGAGUGGACUCGAUCCAAUAAAAGGCCUCUCUCUUUGCAGCUCUACUGGGCAUAGCGUUGUACUCAUAUUUUGGUUUCCCCAAAUACUCCACAGGCCGGCUUAUUGGGGUGCAGGCUAUUCUUCUUGGCACCUUUCUCGGCUCGCCGGCUGUAUACUUCCAAACCCCCGGAAAGCGGCGUACAUUGAACGUAUUGCCCAAGAGCACUUUCUUUUAAAGAGCCGCUCAUAUGAUGGCAACCUCCCCAGAAUAUCCAGGUUUGUAAUUUUCCCCUUGUCUCUCAGUUCCACCCUCUAGCCCCCUUCAGCUUGCAUCCUCAUCCCCUAAACAAACCGCCCCACAAUCUUCUGACGAAAAGAAAAUGCGUCUAUUAACCCACCUUGCACUACUCGUAGCCGGCAGCAGCGCGGCAGCCGCACACGUGGCACCGCGGCAAGACGCCACUGGGCCGCCCGAGACGCCGACGCCGACGGUCAGCACGUCCACCAACAGCUCCAACGCGACGUGGGAGCAGGUCUUGGACCGGUUCCCGGCGGGCUCGCUGUCCGCCACGACGGCGCUGCCCGUGCCGGCGCUGACGGUGGACUUUCGCCUCCAGGUGGACCUGAACCCCAAGAUCGCUUUGGGUAAGGGGGUUUGGGGCGAGCGCAACUGGAUCAGCUUCAAGGGUGGGCAGUGGAGCGCCACGUGGGGGAACGGGACGGUCGAGCCUGGCGGUCAAGACGCCCAGCUCCUGGUCGAGAACAAGGCCACCUUUGUCGACACGCAGUACCUCCUGAAGACGGGUGAUGAGAAGCCGGCGUACAUCAUGGUGAGGACGCAAGGGUGGCGGACGGGCCCUCCUGACGUGCUCGAGAAGCUUCUGGACCCCGUCGAGGGCGACAAGAUGCCGGCGUCGGCCUACCGCUUCCGGCUGACUAUCAAACUGGAGACGGGGGACCCGCGCUAUCUCUGGGUCAACGAGGGCAUGUGGAUUGGCAGUGGGAUACGGAGGGGUUCUGAGGUCAUCUACGACGGCUACAGGCUACUGUAGUUCGGCGAUGAGUCGGUAGCUGGGGAGGAAGCGCAAAGACCACUAGCAGAUAACAUUGCGAUGUCUCUUUUCCUUGGAGGCUGCAUCAACAUACGCCGGAGAGACCCCAACCAACGAAAUCGCAGCUCCAGAGUCAUGAUGGAGGGGCUACUUCAGCUUGCAUCCCAUAUUGGCAACUCAACAAGCAGAGAUGUAUUACAAAUGUCACGUGGCGGUGGUCCGGAUAAGAUGCUAGUGGCGCGGACAAUUACGAAUCAAGUAGUGUCCCCCAUCUGUUCGGCCCGCGUUCAUUGGUGCCUUGGCAGACGGGCCAUCAAGAAGUCACGGACGGACAGGUCGUUCGCCUCCGGCUGACAAAAUCCCCGCGUGAUGUUUGCGUCGUACUCGCGUCAACCCAGGACCCCGUCCAUUUACAAGGAAUUGGUUCAUCGCACGAUCGGACAGCGUCAUUGCAUUUGUCACAGUCUCCGGGUUCUGAUAUGAAAUACUCUUCUUAGCCUUCGUGGGGGGAUAUAUAUCUGGAGUCCGAGUCACGCUUGCAACGGAGCCGGGGAGCGGACCACUAAAAUCGCUAGCCCUCGCCCGGUGUACUACUAUAUGUCAAUAUCAAAGACAAAAAAGAACAGUACCGAUAUUCAUUCCGCGUUCAAGCAACAUCCUUUGACUACCCGCCAAAAAGUAAUAAGCAUGCGUCAUGACAUGAAGUUUAACAGUUUGACUGCUCGAACGAUCCGUCGCCCCUUGCCGCGAGGAAGGAGUUUUCAUGACUUAGUC